AUGAGCGACUACGCCGUGCCCCGCCCGGGCGGAUCGCUCAAGUUCAAGGGCGACAGCGACAAGAAGAAGAAGAAGAAGAAGUCGCACGCGCCAGAUGACCGCGCGCGCAAGGAGGCAGACGUCACCAUCGCGGCCGAGAGCUCGAAGCGCGGGCGUGAUUCCGACAACGAGCGUAGCGGCGACCGUGACGAGCGCCGUCGCGACCGGCGUGGGAGCGCAUCCGCGUCUGCAUCGCCCGCGCCUCCGCCGUCUGGGAGCUCGGGGAGACGAAUCACGGAGGCGGAGCGCCGGUUCGAAGAGGUGCAGCGCAAGCGUCGCGAUGAGCGGGUCAAGAAGACCGCGCACCUCUCGCACAAGGAUCGUGUAGCGCAGCUCAAUGCGCGCCUGGAUUCGAUGAGCGAGCACUACGACAUGCCUCGUAUCGGACCCGGCUAA